AUGCGUUCUCUUCAACCGGCAUCGACUCCAAGAACUCGCAACCGGAUCACCAACAAAACUCGACUCAAAAUCUAUGUUGGGAACAUCGAAGUCGAUCCUUUCAGCUUCGAUGAGGACGAAGAGAAGAAUCGUUUGGUCCAGAGGGUCGCUGGCGUCGAUCAGGACGACGCAAACGAACACCAUUUGCAACAAGUAUUGUCUGAAGCUGCUUUGCGUACACAGGCAUCUCCACGCAGCGGUAGAGGAGCGUCAGAAAAGACCUCGUAUAUCCCUACUCCAGAUUCCACCGGCCAUGUCAAGGAUUAUGAUAAGCUGUAUCCCGCAAAAAAAUUCACAGCGCCAGCCUGUUAUAUCUCUUCUUCGCAAACUGUCGAAGAACAGCUUGUGGCCGGACUAGCUCACGGAUGCACGUAUUGUAUGGAUGAGCGGGACGCGGAAUGGCUGGAGAAACGUAACGAAGAAGCCCGAGGGGAAGGGACAAGUGCGCAGGCCGCACUCAGCGUCAGCGCUAGAACAUCGAUGCGAAGUGCGAAGGGUAAGGGUAAGGAAGCAGAUACUUCAACUCCCACUAUAGUCAAAGAGGAUGAUUUCGAAUUGGUAAUGGGCCUAUUUGAGUUGAUUACCCACGAAGAGACAGAAUAUCUUCACCAUAGUCUCAAGGAUGGGAUGAUGUUCCCCGAGUUUUCGAACUACCAAGACACGUUUUCAAAUCCUCUCGAGAAAUCUUACUUUGCGACAUACGUCGUUCCUAAAAAUAUACCUCCUCCAGAAAGUCUGCUUUCUAUGGCUCAGUUGAUCUAUCCUCAUUGGAGGGCUCGUCGAAUGGAACGAGGUGGUUUACGGGUCAUUCCGCAACUCAAUGGUGAUGAGACGGACAGUCUGAAUGAAUCAUUCGUGUGCUUCCGCAAGCGAGAAUCAAAGCUCACUCGGAAGACCCGUGCUUCGCAGUACAAUAUUUCCGAGAAGCUCGAGGUCUUGACAAGCGACUUUACGGAUGCUUGUGACCUAGUAAAGAAAGUACGCCAACGAGAAGAUGUAAAGCUUCGUUCCAUGCCUCAUUGGCAUAAUGUUUGGCUUGCUCGGGUGUCGAUCGUCAACUUGAAACGCAAGAAUCCAUGGCUCGAUAAGGUUGAUGAAGAAUUGCUUGUUGAUAGAGCGCCCGCUGCCAAGAAACCAGAUGUUCGUGUCGCCCGUAUAUCGAUCAAAUCAGAGACUCCUUUCGUCACCCCACCAGCUCGCACUGAGCCAGCCGUACGUCCUAAGGAGAGAAUCGCCAAGCUGCAAGCCAAGAUAGAUCUUGGUAUGCACAAGCGAAAAGAGAAGGAUCAGCAGUGGGAAGACACAGUCGAUAACUCUUAUGUUCCGCCUCUUGUACCCUUUUCUUCUCGACUUUUCAAGUUCAUCGCUCCUUCGAGUGCGCCUGCUUGGCCAGAGUCUGAAGUACCACAACGGAAAUAUGUGAGACUGCGUCGUGGUCGUGGCGGGCGGAUGAUGCUGGAUCGCCGGAGCGGACAUUCCCUUGUGCGAGAUGCGGAGGAUGUCGACGAGGAGACUAGGCGCUUGAAGGAGAGGUGGCGAUUUGAUUCAGACGAUGCUCCGCCGUUUGGACAAAGCUAUGAAGAGCGGGAUCGUGAGCUCGUAGAUGAUUAUGGUCUGAGCUAUCUGCGACACGCUUUCCGCGUUCUGUCGGAAGUGGACCCGGCGCUUCUCACAGACCCGUCAAUCGUCAAAUACGACCCGGAGAAUGGUCGGAAAGAGACCAUCAUACCGUUCAAGUUGGGAUUUUCCAGCAUUGUUCGACCUCUCCCCAUGGCCUCACCUAAUUCGCAACGUACUAUUUCUACUCCACCAACGAUGAACGGUACUGUUAGCAUCUCUUCUAAUGGUUCAGCUCGUCCCGACCUUGCCGUUGCGCCAAUCACGCCGUCUUCCGUAUCCUCAGCACCGUAUGCCAAGGGUGUCCUUCAUCAUGCUCCCGCAGCGAAUGGCACGAACGGUCGCGCAGCCAUCUAUCUUGGCACUUCCAAGGUGGAAUCCACCAUGCACCCCCCUCUUUCAACAAAAGUUCCGACACAGAAUUGCGUCUCUCAGCCGCACGAUUUAUCAAGUACUGGUCUGAGCGUUCAGCAGAUGAACAAUCUCAAGAGUUUGUUCAGCAUGCCUGAUGGACAGCGUCCUCAGUUCGUGCCGGUCUUAUACGGCGGGACGGCGGGGAUCAGUAACAUGAAGCUCCCGGCUAUACGACAGCUCCCGCAGCAGGCGAGUAGUGAUGUCAAAAGCAAUGGUGGGUAACUAUCUGUACCUAGAAAACCUCGUGUUCUGUUGUCUUCAGAUAAUCUGCUUGUAUUGUUAGCGUAACUUUCUCAUCUUUGUUUGUGUACAUAGAUCCAUCUUACCUGCUUAGAGAUAGAGAACCACAGGUUCUGUACGCGUG